AUGUCAAAAUACUACAGGCCAGAAGAUAGACGAAUAGCACAACCACUUACUGAUUUAGCUUACCUGCAGGAAUCAAUCCUUCUCAUGGAGGAUGCACUAACGAAUUACGAAAAAGUUAUCAAACUGUAUGAGCUACAAAGUAAGCCACGGCCAGAUAUGGUUGCUGGAGUAUAUAGGAGCAUAAGUCGAAUGUAUAUUGAACGGAAAGAUGAUCAGGCUUCUGCGCUACCUUACAAAAAGAAAGAACUUGAAUAUAUUCUGAAAGAUGGCAUAGUCAACCUAAAGGUUGCACAAGACGAUAAGGAAUUUAAUUAUACCAUGAUUGCUAAAUGCCAUCGGGAAUUGGCUGAUAUUUAUAUCAAACUGCGCCAGUAUCGACCAGUUCGCGAACAUUUAACAGCAGCGAAAAAGAUCUUUGAAGAUAAUGAUUACUGGAAUAAAGAAUAUGAACUUAAAACAAUAGAAGAAAGGUUUGAGAAAUUAUCCUCGGAAUAA